AUGAUCACCUGUAACCAGGGUGUGCAUUUCGAUUUCCAGGAAAAACCUAAGUGCAACGAUGGCGGAACUUGUACGGAGUUGCCGAUAGGAGGACACUUAAAAACAGACUCUGUAUUCCCGGUGAAGAAAGGAGCUGAGAUAUUCGUGAACUGUGUUGAGGGGUUCACCCUCACUUCAGGAGACAGAACGAUAACCUGUGUACAAGACGCUGACUACACCUCAUCGACUCAACUUCCCACUUGUAUCAUCGAAAAGUGCACAAAAUUGCCGAAUAUCUUUGACUUGAAGACCAGCACCUCACUUCCAGUGGACCACGGAACAAUAGUGGAAAUGGACUGUAUCCCGGGGUACAGUCUGUCAGGGAGCAGACUCAUCACCUGUAUUAAGGACAACAACUGGGGUUUCUUGGAUUCCCCUCAGUGUAUUUUAGAUACGUGUACAGAACUACCAGCAGCUGUUUCAGACAUGACAACAACCAGCACCUUCCCCGUGAUAGUAGGAACUGUGGUGGAGGUGAACUGUAAGCCGGGUCACACUCUCGCCGGAGACAACAGCAUCACUUGUAUCAGAGAUUUUUCCUUCACCAUCGGUCAACGUCCUACCUGCACCAUAGAUCGCUGCACCGGUAUGAUGAUUGAAAAUUACCUUUCAACUGACGCUACAUUUCCUAUCACAUACGGAACUGCUAUCACAGUAGUCUGUGAUCCUGAGUACUCGCUGACGGGCAGUAAAGUGAUAACAUGUGAGAAAGGGAUUGUAUACUCUCACCAGUCUUCACGUCCUAAAUGUGUUAACUCAGGUUUUGAGGUGAAAACCUGUAAAAGCAAAUUGGAUUUCACGGAGCUUAUUAUCAACCCUCACUAUGAAGCGGAUCUGCAGAUUCUUCUUGACGACAACAAGAUUAACUAA